UGAGGGGAGUAGGUUUGACGUGAAGCAGUCUGAAUGUAUAUGAACAAAAGCAAACCAGUAUCAGAGUACAGAUUUUAGUUACUGGUGGCUGAAUUACUACAAACCGAUUUCUAAGAACUGCUCUGUACUUUUUCACAUGUCAAAUAGUCAUAUGAACAACAGCAAUAGGAAUGUUUCAAUUAUGAAUUAUUGGUAAACCAAGGAAACCCAGAAUGACAACAGUCCCUACAACCCACAUCCAACCUUUAGGACCCAGACGUUUUCAGGGGGGAAAAGGUGAAAAGACUAACGGAUGUGUAAACUGACUUCACUCUUUCCUGAUCUCCUCUUCAAAAAAUAAAAUAAAAUAAAGCCUUGUUAAGUGCGGCAUUCUUAGGUGGACACAUGACGACUGUGUGCUCCAAUGAGUUUUCAUCAGCAAUUGUACAAAAUCAACACCUUAGUUUAAAAAAAAUAAAAAAUAGCUCUCAAAAAUGUCCACAUAUGCCCUCCCAUCAGGUCUUUCAAAUCUAUACAUUCUCCUCAUUUCUUAAUUCUGCCCUUUUGAAUCAUCUCUAAAAUGUAUUUGGUAGUGGGGUGCACACAUACAUCAAGAUCCACGUGUGGAGGUCAAAGGACAACUUGGUGAAGCCACUUCUUUCCUUCCAUUGUCACUGACUUCUGGGGAUUCAGUUUGGGUCAUCAGGCUUGCGCAGCGAGCACCAUUGCCCAACUGAGCUCUACUGCCAGCCCUGAUCUUCAUGUGAAUGGAGUAUUAUUUAUGUCUGAAAAAUAGCUUUUUCUUUUGUACUGAUAUACAAGAUCUCACUCUAUAAGUAGUUAGUUGUGAUGUAUUGCUUUUAAACUGUUGACAUUUAGGUUGUUUUUUGUUUUUUGCUAUUAUGAACUGUACAUUUAUGAGCAUUCUUACACACAAAUUUCAGUGAGCAAGUAAAUAUUUCUUUAGGGGUGCAUAAUAUUCAGCUUUUGUGAUUACUAUCAUAUAUUUUCCCCUCAAAAAAUGCUAUUUCUUUGUCACCUGUCUUAUUCAAACCUUGGGUAAAAAAGAACAUGAAGCCUCUUCCAUAAACAAACGUAAUUAGGCAGACAGGAUUCCAAAGACGCGCUUGAACACAGCACCUGCCCUCGAGGCCGCAGACCAGAGAUACACAUGGAAAUAAAGGACCUGAUACAUUAUCGUUGAUACAAUGUACUGAUAUACUUCACCUGAUCGUCUUAAUAACCACAGGAGAUUAGGUUAAACCUCACAUCACUAUUGUUCCUGUGUGGAAAGGGAUACCUGUGGGGUGGCUUCCCAAGAUCACAUAGCUGAGUCAUGAAUCAGAAAUAGAGCCUCAGCCUGCAGCCUCCUAACCCAUCUCUACUGCAUUUCUCACAACUAAGCCCAUUGGAAGCAGCCAGAAAUUCUAGUAAAACUGAAACUGGAAGAGGAAGAUCUAGGAUUUAAACGCCUGCCAAGCUCCAGAAGGACUACAAACGGUACAACUUAGGGGCAGCUUGUCAGCAUCUGCAGGCAGAACUAAGCUUAUUUCAGUAUUUCCUGAGAAAUAAUUUUUAAACGUAUAUUAAUAAAAAAAAUUUGGUUAGAACUCUUUUAAUAGAAAGGUUUUGUUCUAGAAAUUAAUUUAAGAUGAAAAAUAUGGCUUCAAACAAAUAUCAAAAUUAUAUUUACAAUUGCUAUAAAACUAAAAAACUGACACUAAAUGAAGAACUGCACUAAUAGUUUGGAAUCUGCUGUAAUCUAAUUACAGUAGGUACCUGGUUGUAUCAAUUCGGGUAGGUGGUGGAAAUACCAGAGGUUCACUUGUACAACUUAGUUUUAAAAGAAUUAUAGACUUGUGUUUUAUUUUUGUUUGUUUUGUUUCAUUUUCAGGACAGGGUUUCUCUUUGUAUCCCAGGCUGACCUGGAACUCAAAAGAUUCACCUGCCUCUGUCUUCAGAAUGCUGGGAUUGAAGGCAUGAGCCACCAUGCCUGGUAGAUUUGUGUAUUCUUGAUGAAACUUAAAUGACAAACAUCAAAGUUAUUCACAGGCAGUUUAAAAGAUGCUAUCUUAUGUUUUUUCUGUGCCUAACAAUUGUAGUGUUCUAUGAUGGCCAGGGCCACAGUGAGGGCCACCCACAUGGGUCCUUCUCAGCACUCAGACUCCUCUCUGUAAUGUAGAAGCACUAUAACAGUUGAGUAAAGAAGCACUCUGGUUAACUUCUUUUUAAAACUUAAUUUAUAUACAAAGUGAUUUAAAAGUGAAUCUAAAUCAUGGGUGAAAACAGUAUACAGGUUCCUAGCCAGAGAGACUGGGAAGACUACAGCAGGUCAGAAUUUUCUUUGAAAUAUCUCAAGCAAUAGGAAUAUGCCCCCAGCCCUAAGCCCUCAUGCUUGCUGUCUGCUGGUACACACCUAGAAUACUUGGGGAAGGCAGUCACCAAGGAGGGUUAACACACCAGUCUGGAAAGAGUGACUAGGAAAGCCAGCUAUUCCCAAGCUACAGUCAAGGAAGGGUGAGCUCAGGGCUGAGAGUCCCUAGACUGGAAGCACGCUGUGACCAAGGACGCUUUGCUUUUCAGGGCAAGCAGUUUAAUGCUUACAGAAUCUUAAUGGGUUCUAUGAUCUUCAAAAGAGAAAGAAAGAAAGAAAGAGAGAGAGAGAGAGAGAGAGAGAGAGAGAGAGAGAGAGAGAGAGAGGAAGGAAACCAAUUAAAUUUUUUUCUGUUCAAUAAAGCAAAUAGGAUAUUUUAUCAGAAAACUGUAUUAGCUACAGAAUAUUUUACACUCUUAUGUCUUAGUUGCCUAAGGCAUAUAAAGCUGUUAAAAUACAUUUGUAGCAUAUUGUGUACAAGUAGUAUCCCCAAUGACAGUAUAUACUUGUUUCUCCCUUAAUGUAUUAAGACAGAAUAGGAGUCUUCUACAAAUGAGAUUAAAACUGAGUGCUAGCUUCUGCCUAGUCUGACUGGGUGGACUUCCUAAGGAGAAGGAGCGGUAAGAGGGCACCUGUGUGCAUGUUUGACUUGCAGCCAAAAAUGGUGUUUAUGGAAAACUUCAGAUGGAGCCCAGAGGCACUCAGCCAACAAAAUCUACAGCUGUGAAACUUGGAGCUUACAAGGACCCAAUCUCCAAAAGCAAAAGCGGAAUUAUGGGACAGACUUUGAAGCUUGUUUAUGUGCAAAUUUUUGUAGCAAGUAACUUUAUAUUUCUCUAUUAAAUAGUGAGAGGGAACCCCAUCCAAGUGUGGCCACUUACUUACCCUUGCUCUCAAUAGUUACUUGUAAAUACAAUUCCAGAGUGGUGGAAAGAGGAGUUGAAAGUCUACCCUUAGGAGUCUCUAAACUUCUGCAGCCUAACCUCUGCUCAGCUGGUGAGCAGUCCUGAAAACACAGCCGCUUCUGGCUGGACAACAACUAGAGAAGCUGCAGCAUGUAAGAAUGUCUCUGAAAAAGUACCUCAAGCAAUGGGCACAUGUCCUUGUCCCCACAGCCCUUAUACUCACAAUGUACUGACAGCACACCCAGAAGCUGCCUGUUGUCCUACCACACAAACUAGAAAGAGUCUAGGUGUCUUUAACACAGUUAAGAAUACUGUGGCGGCCAGUCAGGCAGACUUGAUGGGAGAAUAGGCAAGACACUACGCUAUAAGGUCAACAAAUCCUUUGUCAUUUUAAAGAAAACUGUAGUGUAUUUCUAGAUUGUAUACUGAAAUACUUCAGCUAAAAUAGGAAUUAAUACCUUUAGGGACAGAGAUUUGGAUCUAAUAAAGACUAAUUUACUUGUAUAUGGCACCUGGUAUAAUCAUUAUGUUUUUUUUUUUUUGGUUCUUUUUUUUUUUUUUUCGGAGCUGGGGACCGAACCCAGGGCCUAGGCAAGCGCUCUACCACUGAGCUAAAUCCCCAACCCCAAAUCAUUAUGAUUUUUAAUAAAAAGCAAAUCAUCAAUGGGACAGUAGCAUUUAUGUCAUACACAGAAGAGAUGCUUCAGAUCCAACUCCAACUCCUCACUAUGACAUACCUACUGUGUGUUUCAGGAUGACGGUGCUGUAUCCUCUGUGCCAUUAUCAAUGUCACCUCAGCCAAGUUGAUAGCACCAACUUAAAUGACUGCCGUAGGAUGCUGUGCUCCAGAGUCAAAGUAUAACAUCCACAGCCAGCCAUCAGUGAUCAUCACUGUCCAUGACAGGCCUUCAAGUUGGAAGCAUUCCAGAAUCAGGAAUACCACACAAAGCCACUGUGUGGGUGCAUGGCUGGGUAUGUGUAGGUAAACUUAACAGUAUCCUUAACUUACUGUAUCAUUUUUGUGUCCAAACAGCCUAAAAUAGAGCACAUUAUUGAAAAAGUCUAGUCUACAGGCUCAGUAUUAGGGAGGCUGAUGCAGGGGAAUUUACACUCAAGGCCACAGUAAACUAUACAGUAGAAAUUCCUAUUUGUAAGGUGGCAAUGGGGAUGUGGCAGUGUCCUAAGUUGAAUGACAAGCUUUUGUUUGACAUACUAUGCAUAACAGUGGAAAAAGAUACACUAACAUGCUUGUGCUUUUGGGGAAGAAAUAUUCCUCUACUUGCUCUAGUGCCUUUGCUAUUUCACUUAGGUGUUUUCCUCCAUCAGCCAGCUAGAAAAUGACACAAAUUCCUACUUGCACACACAGAAUAAGUCUUACACACCAAUCUCACCUUGAUUACCCUCCAUCCCUGGUUCUAAAGGUCAAAGUUACUAGUGCUGUGUCUCAACUUGUAUUGAAAUGUCUGGCAUUAAUAAAACAAAGAAGGAAUUAAUGUAUUUUUUAACUUGUGAAGGGAAGGAGAGGAAUCCACAAAGUCGGAUUUCCCUUCCUAAGUAGCAUUAGAUUGGUCUACAUUCAUAACUUUCCCAGCAGGCCUUUCCAAGCUUUUACUUCAAACAAACAGUGUCUUUGUUUUCCAGAUCCUCUUAUGUGUAACAUUUGAUCAAAGUUUUAAAACUGGCAGCUAACAGAGGAGAAGGAAAUACUGCUCACUAGGCAUUACACAAGGCCAUACUUUUCAGCUCAUGUGGAGGCUGCUACAAGCUGGACUGCUGACAUUUUCUAGGAUUCACCUUAAAGAGAAUUACAAAGCAUCAAGCAAUCAUAUUCCUAGUCAAGCCUACUACACAACUUUAAUACCGAACAAAGACCAAAGUUCUUCCUUUGCAAUUAAGAAGGGGGGAGGUACUGUUUCAGAGCUAAUUGGCCCCCCUGCAGACUAAGUGACCAAUCACAUCAGCUUCAGCUGAAACCAGCCCUCACGGACAUUAUAAACACAGGAAUGUAAGCUGCAAAGCCAGUCCAAGACGAGAACCUACAAACGACACUGCAGGUUAAAACUACCUGGCCAAAAAGACAAGAGUCUGCUAGCUUCCUUAAGACCUUCCUUGGUAGGCUGAUCCCACAAAAGAACUGAGAAACACAGCCUGAGAUGGACAGCAGGAAUUGUAAAGUUAAUGCUCCUCUCCUAAGUCAAAGAUACCGGAGGAUGGUCACAAAAGAUGGCCACAGCACACUUCAAAUGGAUGGUGCUCAAAGAGGUCUUGUGUAUCUUCGGGAUGCAUGGGGAAUCCUAAUGGACAUGCGCUGGCGCUGGAUGAUGCUGGUCUUUUCUGCUUCUUUCGUUGUCCACUGGCUUGUUUUUGCAGUCCUCUGGUAUGCUGUAGCUGAGAUGAAUGGUGAUCUGGAAAUAGACCACGACGUCCCGCCUGAAAACCACACUAUCUGUGUGAAGCACAUCACCAGUUUCACAGCUGCGUUCUCCUUCUCUCUGGAGACACAACUUACAAUCGGCUAUGGCACCAUGUUCCCCAGUGGGGACUGUCCAAGUGCAAUCGCCUUACUUGCCAUACAAAUGCUCCUAGGCCUCAUGCUAGAGGCCUUUAUCACAGGUGCCUUUGUGGCGAAGAUUGCACGGCCAAAAAAUAGAGCUUUCUCAAUCCGAUUCACAGACUUAGCAGUUGUAGCUCACAAAGAUGGCAAACCUAAUCUUAUCUUCCAAGUGGCCAACACCCGGCCCAGCCCUCUGACCAGCGUUCGGGUCUCUGCUGUACUCUAUCAGGAAAGAGAAAAUGGUGAACUCUACCAGACCAGUGUGGACUUCCACCUUGAUGGCAUCAGUUCUGAGGAAUGUCCAUUCUUCAUCUUCCCGCUAACCUAUUAUCAUACUAUCACACCAUCAAGUCCUCUAGCUACCCUGCUCCAGCAUGAGACUCCUUCACACUUUGAAUUAGUUGUGUUCCUCUCAGCAAUGCAAGAAGGCACUGGGGAAAUCUGCCAAAGGAGGACAUCCUACCUACCCUCUGAGAUCAUGUUACAUCACCGAUUUGCAGCUCUAAUGACUCGAGGUUCCAAAGGUGAGUAUCAAGUCAAGAUGGAGAAUUUUGACAAGACUGUUCCUGAACAUCCAACUCCUGUGGUCUCUAAGAGUCCACAUAGGACUGACCUAGAUAUUCAUAUCAAUGGACAAAGCAUUGACAAUUUUCAGAUUGCUGAAACAGGGCUGACAGAAUAAGACUCAUCUACAUCAUCCUACUUCUUAAUGUAUUAAAUAUAUGCAGCCAGCUAUGCAGCUAUUUUCCUUCACUGUAUUUCAUGUUUCCUUGUUCUCAAUGCUGAUUAUAUCAUAGUAAUCAUGUCGAUGCCCACAAAAGAAAAAGAAAAAGAAAAAGAAAGGCAAAGCUAACUAUACACAUCCCCAAAAAACAAAACAGUUCUAGUUACCUAAUUUAUAUCAGAGGUAAUCUGUUCUUGUCAAUCUGAUAAGUAUCCAUGCUAGCAAAUCUGCAAAGAUGUAGGCAUGGUAACAGAAGGGAAGAUAAAAUGGACAGUGAUGGCAUACAGUUGGACUCUAAGAAAAAUCACCUUUCAUUUUCAUCUGUAAACUCAAAUAGUCUACUUUCAAACCUAGCUCCCUGGGUGGAAAGCUGAUUUCACAAUAUUUAGUGAACAUCCUUGUACAACUUUUAUUUUUUCAAGACAACAAACAUCAUUCCUUUAAUUCUUUAAACUACAAAACUAGGGUAAGUAUUAUCUCCUCAAUUUCUAACAGCUAGAAAUAAAAGUACAAAAGAAAAGUAACAAUAUCAAUGUUUAGAUAAUCCCCAAAGCAUUUGAAUACAACACCCAAACACACAUGUAUGUGCAGUUAUGUAUUUGUGGUAAAUAUUCAGAACAAAUAAGAAAAGCUCUGGCCCAGAUAGAACUUGUAGGGUGGUAUUUCUGUUAAGGAGAUGCAAAACUGUAUGUUUCUAAUAUGUUAAAGUCUGACUUGCAGAACACUCAAGUAAUCCAAAAGCUCAUCCCUUCGUCAUUUGAACUGCUUCCGCCCUGAGUAAAAGAUUGUCUUCAUACUCGUGACCCAUUCAAUGGCAUAGAAGUCCUACAAACUUUCUAAAUACAAAUAUGUAUUUACGUUUUUAUAAAUCAAGGGCUUAAUUAAAUAUAUAACUCAACUGGGAAAAAUCCCCAAUAGAUAAAGCAAAAAAUUAGGUAACAAAGUAUUUUCAAACCCAAAUUCCUGUUUCCAACAUCAAAUAGCUCUUUCUAUAAACACAAAUGCGUGUUUAUUCACCAGUGGGAGGCUGGACUGGCGGAUCUCUAUUAUUUCAUUCCAAGUCUAAUAUUCCAUGAAAACUAUGCUUUCUCUGCCUGCUUUUAUUUUAUAUAUACUAAGAUGAACCCCUUUUUAUAUCCAGCUUAAAAUACUUCUUUAAGUAAUUUUCAUUUGAAUUAAAAAACUGAGCUGAGUUGUCCUUUAGCAAAACAAAAACAAAAAAAAAAUUAUACUAUCAAGUUUCAAAGAGAUCUGCAUGGUUUCUCUUCCAUUUCCCUUAUUUGGAAUUAAAUGGGAAAAGUAACAGAUUAACUUUCACUGCAGUAGAUGAGCCGGUCACAAUCAUCUUGAAAUAUAGACUACAUAACAGUAAAUGUUACAGACAGCAGGGAGUCACAUUUUUCUACUCAAAAAAAGCAAACAAAUCUAGACAGAAAGAAAACGACGACGAUGACGACAACAACAACAUUGGAGUGCCCUACGAAUGGUAAUAGCAGAAGACUAUUAAGAACAGAGAACCUAUUUACUAUAAAGUAUGACUGCAUAGAAAUGAAGCAUACACUCUUCCAUGACAGGCAGACCAACUUAAGACUGCUGAUAAAGAACAGAGAUUCCUAUGAACAAGAUUAACCCGAACUGUGAAAAUAAACUGUAUGUGAGACUCC